AUGCCUCAAUUACUUUCACCACUGGCCCUCCGGGCCCUGCGAAGCCUCGUUCAGCGUCCCGCAGUGUCGGCACCCAUUCGCCGCACCCUCACCUCGAGCACCAUCACUGCGAAACAAACUCCGAUCACCUCCCGCUUCAACUUCCAGCCUGUUUUCCGUACCUCAGUUGCCUUCUCUGCGUCCCAACGGCAGUUCUCUACCUCUCCUAUCAUUCAAGCCACAUAUAACCAGGUCCGUCGCGGCAUCCGGACUGGUCAGCAGGCUCGUCGGGGUCGCUCUCCUGCGCUGAAGGGCACACCCGGUCUUAAAGGCGUCUGUGUCAAGACUGGUGUCACUAAGCCUAAGAAGCCCAACUCUGGCGAGAGAAAGGUUGCAAGAGUGCGCUUGAGUUCGGGCAAGGUUAUCACUGCUUAUAUUCCUGGUGAAGGCCACAAUAUCCAGCAGCACAGUGUUGUCCAGGUUCGUGGUGGACGUGCCCAGGAUUGUCCUGGUGUGAAGUAUACCCUUGUCCGUGGUGCGAUGGAUUUGGGUGGUGUUGGAAGUCGUAUGACCAGUCGUUCGAAGUACGGCACGAAGAAGCCCAAGUCCAACUAA